UGAGGAAAAAUCUAAGUGGAGAUAACCCAGUACAGUGACGUGUCAUACGCGAUAGAUGAUGUGUACGGAAGACAUUGUGGCUCAAUCCUGAAGCCAGUUUCAUUAUUAUAUCGCAUUUGUGAACUUUAAGCCAUUUUAGUUAUUUAUACAGGCAGCUUAAGUGGUGUUAGUGUAAACACACGAGUAAAGAAUGGUUCGAGUGGUGUUCCUGCACCCUGAUCUGGGUAUAGGUGGAGCAGAGCGUCUGGUGGUGGAUGCAGCUGUAGCUCUACGCUCUCGUGGCUGCAGUGUGCAAAUCUGGACAGCACACUAUGACCCACAGCACUGCUUCUCUGAGACUCUUUCACCUGAUCUGCCCGUGGUGUGUGCUGGUGACUGGCUGCCCACCAGUGUGUUUGGCUAUUGCCAUGCUUUAUGUGCAUACCUGCGUAUGAUCUACGUAACUCUCUAUCUUGUAUUCCUCAGUGGGGAGGAGUUUGAUGUAGUCUUCUGUGAUCAGGUUUCAGCAUGUAUUCCCUUUUUGCGUUUGACAUGUCACAGAAAAAAAGUCUUGUUCUACUGUCAUUUCCCUGACCAGCUGCUCACUCAGCGUCGCUCCGCUCUAAAGCGACUGUAUCGUGCUCCCCUCGACUGGUUUGAGGAACUGACCACUGGCAUGGCUGACUGCAUUUUAGUCAACAGCCAGUUCACUGCUGGAGUCUUCCAACAAACUUUCCCCAAGCUGGCCAAGAUCCACACCGAUGUCCUGUAUCCCUCUCUGAACUCAGCAUCUUUUGACGGUGAAGUAGAGGGCCUUAGUGGGCUGAUCCCCGAGGGGCGGAGCUUCCUCUUUCUGUCAAUUAACCGCUACGAACGCAAAAAGAACCUCCCGUUAGCGCUGCAGGCGUUAGCGGCUCUGAAGGAUCGUCUGUCUGCGGGGGAGUGGGAGCGCGUGCACCUCGUGAUGGCGGGCGGUUAUGAUGAACGUGUGGCUGAGAAUGUAGAGCACUAUGAAGAGCUGCGCUCACUGGCGGCUUCUCUUGACCUGGAAGACCACGUGACCUUCCUCCGUUCCUUUUCGGACAAACAGAAGUUGUCAUUGCUGCACGGUAGCACUUGUGUACUGUACACACCCAGCAAUGAGCAUUUUGGAAUUGUACCCAUAGAGGCCAUGUACUCGCGUUGCCCUGUUAUUGCCGUCAACUCGGGUGGACCACUGGAGUCUGUGGCACACGAUGAAACCGGCUUCCUGUGUGAACCCACCCCUGAGCAGUUCUCUGAGGCAAUGCAGAAGUUUGUUACAGACCCUAAACUCAAGCAGCGCAUGGGACAGGCUGGCAAAGAGCGAGUCCAGCAGCGUUUCUCACUGCAGGCCUUUACAGAACAGCUCUACAGUCAUAUCACCCAACUUACCCAGUAACAUUUUGUCAUCGUAUGCUUUAUGGCAUUAUUACACUUUGCUUUGGACCAGCACACGGAUCCAUUCUUGUCUGGUUGUUAAGGAAGGACUAAUGAAAGUAUGUAGUCUUAAUGAAUGAAAAGAGCACUCAGGGUGUUUGGAGUUAACCUGACUUAUAAUACCAGCCAUGGUCCAGGAUCCACAAGAAUGUAAAGAACGCGUUUGACUGAGAGGUUAAUGAAUUAUUGUGUGCUGGCCACAUUGAUCAAAUGUGUCAUGGCAGGCCUGAGAACUGUGUAUGUGUAUUUUAUGCCAAAGGACCAUUAGAGAGUUUCUCGGGCAGAAAUCGAUAGAGAAGUUUUCUCUGCCCUGCUCCAUUCUGCGGUGUGUCAUCUUUUGUUCGGUGAUAACAAUAGAGGGUGUUAAGAGUUAUUUCAGUCUCAAACUAAAGAUGCUUAUAACAAGUUAGUUUUGAGUAGACUAAAGAGAAAGUUUCCUUAGAACACUGAAGGUCAUACACUGUAUUGGGUUUGUGGUUGUUACUGUCUCUGUGUUUCUUCUCAUAAAGGAACUCCUAUUGAUACGAGACCAAAGCCCUGAUUAAAUGAAAAGCUGCAUUGUGUCUGUUUUGUUUGUCAUUGUCUAUUGAAGCUUUUAUUUUAGGAUGUAUUGUAUAAAUAGAGAACAGUGAAUUUUUUACUGCUCUAACAGAUUACUAUUGUGUAAUUAUUAUCAAAUUUCCAUAUGAAUUUAUUUGGAUCAGCUGUUUUUUAUUACUGUUAAAGCCAGACCAUUUAAUGCAUGCAAUUUAAGGUAUUAAUGUGUAGUGUACACAUACAGAUCUAUUUGUGUGAUCUGUCCACACUAAAAAAACUGUGCAUGUGUGAUAACCUCAGAGGUCAAUGUAUUCACCAAAUUAAUAUAAAUUGGAGGGUGCAUUUUAAAUAGGCUUUAAUUCUGUAACGUAGACGGUCAGAUGUAUUACCUCACUAGCGUCACAUCUGUUUUGUUGGCAGUUUGGGAGCAGUUUUUGUUGCAUUUUCUCAUUAAGACUCGAUGUGGUAAAGAUGAGCAGCUUAUUUUUAGCCGCACACUGAUUGGGUUUUAAUCAUACAUUAAAAGAGGGGUUAUGGGGCCACUGGAUAUGUAAAUCAAGCAGGUACAGUAACAAGGUCAGAAUGCAUAACCUUCACAAUGCAAAGUGCUGAUAUUGUCACAACUACUUCUGUGGGGAAAAAAUGUUUUAAACGGUUUUAUUUUUGCAGGGCAAAUUUAACGGGUAUGGUGUAUGUUGUUUUUGUACCUUGUAAUUGUAAUGUUCAUCACAGUAAUCCACUGCAUUGGAUAAAGAUGCCAAGUGCAUAAAUGUAAAUGAGUAGAAUAAGA